GCGCUCCUUAUGAUGGGUAACUUGUCACCUGGCUUAAAAAAGCACGCAGUGACAAUGUUCGAAGUGGGAAAAUUGUGUGAUGAAAGUCUGGAUAGUUUCCUUGCUGAAUUAGAAAAAGUAUCAGUAUUAGAUGCAGAAGGAGAAGGAGAGGCUCGACGUUACUUUGUGCAUGCCAUUAUAUUACGAUCGACUGUUCUGGCCCUUCGUAAACUGCCCAGUACCGGACUGGACCUUAUUAGAUUAGAAAGUUUGCAUUCCUUGGACGAAACAGUUAAGAAUCGGUUAAUACAAAAGAAAUACAAAUUGUUGGUUUCAAUGGCUCCCUUAAGUAAAGAGGUUCGUCCAAUUUAUAGUUUAUCCCCUCCUCACUUAGGACCAGCCGUUCCAGAGAUAAAUUCUAUUUGGUUUAAAUUUUUCAUUUAUCAUAUGACUGGCUAUGGACCGCCUUCUCUAUUGUUAACAAAAGGUACAAUAUUAAAAGCACUGCCAAAAAUGUUCUUGGGUUUUACAAAUUUCCUUGUUUGUACAUGGCUUCACGAACCUGCCGUAUUACCUCUGGCGAAUUUUUCUCAUGUAAACGCUGCAUUACAAUAUUCUCCGGUGCUAUUACAAGCCUACGGCGUCCAUCAACCUGCGAAAACACAUAUCGUACCGUUUCCGUUUAGGCCAGACACUCCUACCAAAGGUCAAGGCGAAGCAAUAAGCACCCAUUUAAAGUGGCAAAAUCAUCCGGCCGUCAAGAAUCUUUCAAAUUUUCUUGACUUGAAAAGCAAUUGUGGUUAUUUGACUUUUGUAAACAUUGGGGUCCCAGACUUGGGAUGUUCUAAACGUGAACUUACUGUACGAUUAAGAAAAUCUUCUCAGUAUGAGAAACUUAUAGUCGAUUUUAGUAUUAAGAAUCAAUUAAGGUACAGAGGAAAUUUGGUACGCCAUGUCCUUAAGGAUGAAAAGCAUUACUAUGAGAGGCUUGUUGCAAAAAGUAGGGAAAAGCUUAUGCUAUUCCCUUAUCACUUGGCAGACAUGAUUGUAAAAGGGCUGAGGAUCACUCCAUUUAAUUAUUAUAUUUCUGUUAUUGAGAGAUUAGUACAAGCUGAAAGGAGUUAUGAUACACUUCCUAACUUCACUGCAGCUGAUUGUCUACGUCUUCUUGGUAUUGGAAGAAAUGAAUACUUGGACUUAAUGAAUAAAGCAAAAUCUCAUAGGUCCCGACUUUUUGGCAAUCGUAAUAUUAGACCUUUGCUACCUCAGGUACCUUGUACCAUUUACAUAGAGCCUUGGUGGAGAGUAGAAGCUGGCCUAAUAUUGGAAGAAGACAUUAAGAUGGUCAGUUCCAACGAACAAGAAUUGAUCGAUAGGUUGAUUGAUUAUGGAUCUCAAGCAGCUGGUGAACUUGACCAUAAUUUAGUGAUCAACUUGUAUAAGAAAGGAUUAGUGUAUUUGGAUGUACCCAUAACGGCAGUAGAUAGGAUUCAGGUGCCUCCACUACAAGGUUUUGUUAUGAAUCGGGUGCCCCAGGACAAUUUCGAAACGUUACUAUACAAAAUUUUUGUGUCUAUUGAUGAACAUACAACCGUUGGUGAGUUAGCUAGCGUUAUUGAGGUGGAAACUGAACUUGUUAAACAAGCCGUUUCUUUGUACUGUCGGCUGCAAUUUGCACGAAAAUUAGACCCGGAGACAGAACAACAAAGGGCUAAGAGACAUCCGUCGUGGAACAAUAUACCCACUCCUAUUAACAGGACUGUGGAAAUAACACCAUUAACACUGAACUUCGAUUCAGUGGUUUUAACUCAGGAACUGCAAUCCCCCCGUAGUGAAACUCCCGAGAGUCCAUCUUACAAUAACAGCUCACUACCUCGCAGUGGCCAAAGGAUUGCAUUUUUGUUCGAUUCGGCCUUAAACGCGCUCCUUAUGAUGGGUAACUUGUCACCUGGCUUAAAAAAGCACGCAGUGACAAUGUUCGAAGUGGGAAAAUUGUGUGAUGAAAGUCUGGAUAGUUUCCUUGCUGAAUUAGAAAAAGUAUCAGUAUUAGAUGCAGAAGGAGAAGGAGAGGCUCGACGUUACUUUGUGCAUGCCAUUAUAUUACGAUCGACUGUUCUGGCCCUUCGUAAACUGCCCAGUACCGGACUGGACCUUAUUAGAUUAGAAAGUUUGCAUUCCUUGGACGAAACAGUUAAGAAUCGGUUAAUACAAAAGAAAUACAAAUUGUUGGUUUCAAUGGCUCCCUUAAGUAAAGAGGUUCGUCCAAUUUAUAGUUUAUCCCCUCCUCACUUAGGACCAGCCGUUCCAGAGAUAAAUUCUAUUUGGUUUAAAUUUUUCAUUUAUCAUAUGACUGGCUAUGGACCGCCUUCUCUAUUGUUAACAAAAGGUACAAUAUUAAAAGCACUGCCAAAAAUGUUCUUGGGUUUUACAAAUUUCCUUGUUUGUACAUGGCUUCACGAACCUGCCGUAUUACCUCUGGCGAAUUUUUCUCAUGUAAACGCUGCAUUACAAUAUUCUCCGGUGCUAUUACAAGCCUACGGCGUCCAUCAACCUGCGAAAACACAUAUCGUACCGUUUCCGUUUAGGCCAGACACUCCUACCAAAGGUCAAGGCGAAGCAAUAAGCACCCAUUUAAAGUGGCAAAAUCAUCCGGCCGUCAAGAAUCUUUCAAAUUUUCUUGACUUGAAAAGCAAUUGUGGUUAUUUGACUUUUGUAAACAUUGGGGUCCCAGACUUGGGAUGUUCUAAACGUGAACUUACUGUACGAUUAAGAAAAUCUUCUCAAAAACACAUUCCAGGAUCUGCAAAAUUAAUUAAAUCAUCAUCUGUUAAAGACAGUUCGUCAAAUACGAUAGUCCUCCCAACAACCAUCAGUAAUGAAAAUUUCAGUUUUUCUAAGACCAAUAAGAACGAUUUCACUAAAACUAAUCACGACAAUGCCAAAGAAAAAUCAAAACAAGAAGUAAAAAAGGAGACAAGACGCCUAGAAAGCAGCGAGGACGAAACGCAAAAAACUAAUGAUGCCAUUGACAGGUUGCAGUCACCAGUGGACUCGCACUUUGCGAAUUCACCGAUGAGUGCUAGUCCACCAGCAAAUGGAUUUGUCAACGAAGUCUCUACCGAUCUUCUAAAAGAGGAGCUAGAUCAGUUGAACGAUGAAAUGGCAUCAAAAAAGAAUGAAAUGUUGUCCCUAAAAGAUGAACUGAAAGAGUGCACUUCGUCGUUUGAGAAUCUAAUGAGCCCCAUGGAAGAAAAUAUUAGUAUGUUCACUCGUAACACGAAAAGAGAGAAUGGAGAGAAAAAUUACCAAGAUAGCAUCGAGGUAAAAAGUAAAGAUUCAACUACUUCACUUUAUAUUGGAGAGAUAUGGACCCUUUUGGAUUGCAAUUUCGGCGUGCCACUCUUUGAUGUGGAUGCUAACACAAAAAUUUGCGAUGCAAUAGUUAGCGGAGGUCUUGCCGAAACACAUAGUCUUGAAAAGCUGACGGAAACUAGUCAGAAGCUGGGGACUGCUUUAUUGGAAUUUAUAUCACAAUGCCAGGAUGAUAACAUGGACAUGAAGAAAAGAGGAGUUUUAAUUCCAUUGCCUGAGCACUGCCUGGUCUUUGAUAAUGGAAAAGUUACUGAAUGGACUGGUAAAUAAGAAUUAAUAAGGCAACAAUCUAUUGUAUCGUUAUGAUGAAUUUUAUUUUUAUAAUUUAUAAUUGAAGAAAACAUUCAAAAAGCAAUCGAGGCAAUCAGUACUAUUUUAGUUUAUACAGUUUUAUUGCAACUUAGUACUUAAUUUUAGGAACAUUCCAUAAAUUUAACUCUUACUUGUUAAUUUACUUUUUGUUUUUAAACAUGUUAUAGUCAAAAAAUGUGUAAAUUAUAACGUAAAAGUAGAA